AGCCGAAACAUACCGAAACGGCCCAGAAGCUCCUCUUCAUGCGCCUGUGCCGACAAUCUGUAUAAAACAACUUUCAACUGCUUUUUUUUUUAUUUUGCCGGCAUCUUACUCUAAAUCCACCUUCUCCAUUUCCUCUUCUUCAACCAAUUCAUUUUGAUUUUUUGGUUGCUGAUUGCGCACUCCUCCUCCUCCUGCGUCUCCGAACUUCCAAUUUCCAACCAUGUCCAGCGCUCAGCUUAGAACUGCCAGGCGCCUCGGCCAAAUCGCCAGCCAUGUGAGCCCGGCUCGCCAGUUCUCAACCAGCUCUGCGAUGAGGAAAGAAAUCCAAGAUGCCUACAUCCUCAGCGCUGCUAGAACGCCGACAGGCAAGUUCAACGGCUCAUUCCAGACCGUGUCUGCUCCUGAGCUUGGCGGUGCCGCCAUCAAGGCCGCCUUCGAAAAAUCCAAAGUUCCGAUGGAGAAGAUUACCGAUAUUUACAUGGGCAACGUGCUUGCGGCCGGCAUGGGCCAAGCUCCCACUCGCCAGGCUGCCAUCCACGCUGGUUUCCCUACACACGUCGAGGCCAUCACCAUCAACAAGGUGUGCUCCUCUGGUCUCAAGUCCGUAGUUUUCGCCGCGCAAAACAUCCAGCUGGGCCUGGCCGAGGCUCAGAUCGCCGGUGGUAUGGAGAACAUGUCCAGAGUGCCUUUCAAUCUUCCCCGUGGCGGCCUCAUGCCGGUAUACGGCCAUGCUGUGGCCGAGGACGGUCUUCUCAAGGAUGGUCUGACCGAUGUCUACAACAAAUUUCCUAUGGGCAACUGCGCCGAGAACACAGCAAAGGUUUACAAUAUUACACGAGAGGAGCAGGAUGCGUUCGCCAUCGAGUCAUACAAGAGAGCGCAAAAGGCCUGGGCUGAGAAUGCCUUUGCCGAUGAGAUCGUCCCCGUGACUGUCAAGACCAGAAAGGGAGAGGUCGUUGUCAAGGAGGACGAGGGCUACCUCGAUAUCAAGUAUGAGAAGGUGCCCCUCCUGAAGCCAGCUUUUGUCCGUGACGGAACAGGCACCGUCACCGCUGCCAACUCCUCGACUCUCAACGACGGUGCUAGCGCUCUGGUUCUGGGCAACAAGGCCAUCGCACAGCAGUACGGAUCUGGCUCCCGCGUUUUGGCUAAGCUCGUCUCUUCUGCCGAUGCUGCGGUGGACCCCAUUAAUUUUCCCAUCGCCCCUGCCAAGGCUAUCCCCAUUGCCCUGGAGCGCGCUGGAAUCACAAAGGAUCAAGUUGCCGUCUGGGAGCUCAACGAGGCUUUCGCCGCCGUUGUUCUGGCCAACAAAAAGAUCCUCGGCCUCGAAAACGCUCGCGUGAACCCUCUGGGAGGUGGUCUCUCUUUUGGCCACCCCUUGGGAAGCUCCGGAUCCCGAAUCCUCACAACCCUGCUCCACCAGCUAAAGGUUGGCGAGUAUGGUGUUGCCGCUCUCUGCAACGGAGGUGGUGGUGCCACUGCCGUGGUUGUGCAAAGAAUCGACUCUGUCUAAACAGAAUCAAAAGCAUUAACGUAAAAGAAAAAAAGAAAGGGAAAAAAGAUAAAAAGAGUACAUAGUAUAUAGCAUUGGAAAGGGAAGAAAGUGCUGGGAUAUUCAGUUAGCAAGGGC